AGCGUGCGAUUUCCUACGAAAUUUACAAAGCAUCUCUCCUCCGUUAAAACCAUUAGACUGUUUCUCGGCCGACUUAGAGGUGGUUUUCCUGUGACAUGGACUCGCACUUUCUGACCCUUCAAACUGGUUCGUGGACCAACGAGAAGCACUUGCUGUUCUUAAACACCAUGGAGGCCUCCUUUGUGCGUGCAAUGUUUGAGAGCAACGGUCGGAUUGCUCUCCGCCUGGACCGUGACUUGCCGGACAGCUCGGAGUCGACAUUAGAUUCGAAGACGCAUAGAAGAGAAAGACACGCCACCCCAGUCCGAGGAGCCAGAAUGGUCUGUAGGUCUGACAAGAGAGCAAGGAGGAGGGUAUCAUCUCGCCCCUGCAAACCAACUCCAGAUCAGGUGGUUCCACAGCUGGAAAGCAAAAUAGGCGCUGAUAAGGAUGAGAGAGACCGCUCGAUAUUAAUGGCACCUGCCAUCUGAGAAAUAUUCCUUCUCGCUGGAUUAAAUUUUCUUUUAUUUUUUUGUGUUUUUCUCCCCCUUAUUUUCCUUUUUGCCUGGUUUCUGUAAUAAUAAUAUGGCUGCGGUGAUUCGUGGGAGAUGAUCAGAUUAUGACCAUUUUGCUC